AUGACCGUCACGAGCCAAGAACCCCGACCGUUGCAGGUGUUGAUCGUUGGGGCCGGGAUUGCAGGCCUGACUGCAGCCAUAGCACUGGGCAAACAAGGGCAUCAUGUUGUGAUUGUGGAAAAAUCCAAGUUCUCGCGCGAGGCUGGCGCUGCGAUCCAUGUGCCGCCCAACUGUACUGCCUUGCUCAAUUGGUUGAACAUCGACCCCAGAGACUUUGGAGGCACGCUCUUGCAACAGAUUCAUCGGUAUGAUCACCUAGGCAAUCUGAAGUAUAAGAAGGAGUUCGAUGGCAUUCGACACAUGUGGCAAGCAGAAUGGUACCUCGUGCACCGAGUCGACCUACACAAUUAUCUCAAGCAGCGAGCCAUGCAGACAGCCACUCUGCACAUGGGCUGUAAGAUUGUCGGCAUUGACGUGGACAGUGAGCGCCCUUCGGUGACACUUGACAAUGGAGCACGAUUUGAGGGCGAUUUGCUACUUGGGGCCGAUGGUCUUCACUCCAUCGUCCGCCACGAGAUAGGACAACAGCCACCUGCUCCAUUCCCGGCGGGCAAAUCCUGCUUCCGUUGGCUGCUGUCCACCGAUGACUUGCGCCAAUUGACCGCGACCAAAGACAUUGUCCAGGAGCCUGGCGUCUUUAUCGAAUGGGCAAGGGAUGAUCGACGCUUGGUCGCGUAUCCCUGCUCUAACAACAAAGUGUUCAAUCUCUGCGCGUUCCUCCCUACGGCCGAGGCGGGUGGGCUUGGCGAAGGCUGGCAAGCGGUCGGAAGCAAAGAUGCACUUGCGUCCGGGUUCUCCAGCUUUGGACCCGCGGUCAAGGAACUCGUCGAUGGGGCCGACGAUAACCUCAAAGUCUGGGAGCUCUUCGACAUGAAGACCCUGCCGACUUGGGUGAGAGGUCGGUCAGCAUUGCUGGGAGAUGCUGCCCAUCCCUUUCAACCUUAUAUGGGUCAGGGUGGCGCCAUGGCCAUCGAGGAUGCAGUUUCCCUCGCGGUCUUGCUACCCGCCGGCACUCGCACGGAAGACAUUCCGGCCCGUCUGGCAUUGUAUGAGGAAGCCCGUCGGUCCCGUGUCGAUCUCGUCCUGGAUUAUACACGCAUGAAUGGCGUGGAUGAAAAUGACACCACGGCCCGGAGAAUGUCAGCUGCGGAGAUGGUCAAAUUCAUGGGAAUCUGCUUUUCGCACAACGAAGUCAAGAGUUCCACAGCAUUGCUCGAACUGUCUAAGCGGAAGUGA